AUGGUGAAUAUUAGUCCGGUGUGUGCUGUGUGUGGUGUGGAAAAUGAAGAUGUUAUGCAUGCAUUGGUUUUGUGUGACUAUGCAAAAAUCAUUUGGGCACAAUCUAACCUCCCAUUACCGAGCACUGUGACAAAUAUUUUUUAUGAGUGGUUUGAUGAAUUGUUGAAUAUUCUAGAUUCUGAUGGAAUUCUCUACGCAGCUGCGAUAUUAUAUUAUCUAUGGAGAACCCGGAACGAAGCGGUAUGGAAUGCUCGUGUAACUCACCCGAGGAGGAUGCUGGUUGCGGUCCGUGUAGCUGUCGCUGCAUGGCACCAAGUCCACGCUGCUGCUGCCCCACCUACUGUUAUUGCGCCCCAAGGAGCAGCCCCUACUGCCAUACGGCAGCAACAGCUCCAGCUGAGUCCUCAUCGCCAACACGCCAAGUGCUACGUGGAUGCGGCUUACCACGGUGGUUCCGACAAAGCAACGGCAGGUACGGUGCUUAUAGGAGGAGAUAGACACUUUAUCUCAGCAUUUGCCGCGCCAUUACCACAUUGCUACUCCCCUAUAAUGGCAGAGGCUUAUGCCUGCAAGGAGGCCUUAUCUUGGUUACGUGAUCGUGGAGUACAAUCGGUUGAGCUAUUAACGGAUUGUCAGACGUUACAGAAAUAUUUAACACCACCAUAUCAAUUAGCAAGAUCGUAUACUGGCUAUGCGCUUGAUGGAUGCAGAAACCAUAUUGCUACAUUUACAUAUUGCCAUGUUCAUUUUAUUCCUAGAUCGCAGAAUUAUUUAGCACAUAGUUUAGCAGCUUCGGCUUUUCAUUAUGACAUAGCUAUGUAUUGGGAUGAUAUCCCACCAGACGCUAUUUCAGCUUAUCUAUGA